AAGUUAAAAGAAUUUCUCACCCAGCUCACAUGACUCGCAUUUGUCAGAUUUUUGAGUGGGCAGGGAAUAAAUAUAGAUCAGAAAAAAGAUUAAUGUCGUUUUACUCUAUAGCUUCGUUUAGCACAAAGUUUGGCCAAAGUCCAAUGCGGUUUUUGCGUGACAGACAUAUUGGGGACACCAGCAUGGACAAACCGUAGCUUACAUUCAUUAGACUUGCUCUCAUUCUUUGGAACGGAAGGGUAAAAAUAAAUCAUUUCAAAUAAAUCUUCUUGACAUGAUAGAAUAUCAGAUGAUAUAAUGAAUUAAAGACAAAAAUAUUAAUUUUAUUUUCCAUCACCACUUUAUUAGUAGACUGGACUCCAGUAACAACUACUUCCCGCCAAACUUAGUAGCCAAGCUUUUCUGUUGUUCUCGAGCGCGCCUGGUAAUUUUCAUCGCCAGUAUGUUGGAGCCACUUUUAGAGGUUUUAUCCGCGCAAAGAGUCAUUCUAGCGAGUAGUUCACCGAGGAGAUGCGAGAUCCUGCGAAAAAUUGGCUUGAAGUUUGAAGUUGUUCCAUCCAGAUUUGAAGAAACACUUGACAAAACCGCUUUUAAGUAUCCUUUUGAAUAUGUCUUGGAGAAUUCGAGACAAAAAGCACUAGAGGUGGCUGGGCGAGUCAAUAAGAGUGAUAAACUCACCUUGAUCAUUGGAUCUGAUACGGUUGUUGUCUUAGAUGAAGUUAUUCUUGAAAAACCAAAAGACAAGGAAAAUGCAUAUUCAAUGUUAAAAAGUUUGAGUGGUAAGGAUCAUGCAGUAUUCAGUGGGGUUACUCUUUUACAAAGAGAGGGUGCCAAAGAACCCUGCAUAACCCAGUUUUAUGAGGAGACAUUGGUGUCAUUUGGAACAUUAACAGAUGAAGUGAUCCAGGCAUAUAUUGCAACUGGAGAGCCAAUGGACAAGGCCGGAUCAUAUGGUAUUCAGGGAAUUGGUGGCACACUGGUCAAGUCUAUACAUGGCGACUACUUCAAUGUCAUGGGAUUUCCUCUGUAUCACUUUUGUGUUCAAAUGAGAAAAUUAUUUUCUGAUAAUAGUAGCUAAAGCUUAUAUGUAGUUUUUAUAUCCAUACAAUGAAUAAUGGAAAUCUUUUCUCUCGCCGAAACGCUCCACUCGCCAAUAAAAAAUUCUGAAAGAAAAAAA